AUGGCGCUGCUUAGCUUACUGUGGUGGAUUGUGGCGCUCGUAGGUGUGUAUGCGCAUGAGCGGGAGAGUCUACUACCUGCUUUUACACUGUUUGUGACCAAGCCGUCAGAUUGCCAGGCGGCACCUCCCUCCUUUUAUAUCAGAUGCAGCUGUGUUUCCCCACCCCUCACUUCGGGUGAGGGGACUGUGGUUUUGACCCUUUCUGACCCUCUGCGGGAGGGUCCCAUGGAGCAAUGGCCGGGUGCCGGCCGCACUCAGGAACAUUUGGGGGACCAUGCUGCUGCCGAUGUCCAGAGACUGCGGCUAAGUGCCAGCCCGCCUCAGAAAACGUUCACGCAUUUGUGUGGCUUUUUGUUCAGUAAUUUGAACUUUGCUGACCCAAACAGAAGAAAGAAAUCUCUUGUUGGUUCACUCCUUGACCUUGGAUUUAAUGCUCGCGAAAGGGCUGAAGAUUGGUGGAGAAAACAUCGAGAUACUGAUAGUUUAGUGUUAAAAGACACUCCAGCAGAGAAAACCCGUUCAGCAAGUGGUUUUGCCAAUGGUAUCUCUGGUGGUAUUGAAUUUGGUGGCACUGCUUCAAAUCAAAAUGACAUUGGUAGGGGUCCAUCUGGCCAAAGUGGAUUUGAUGUGAAUGCAGUAAGUGGAUUAGCUGACUCUAAUUCUGCUCCCAGUGAAACAGCAGAUAACACCAACACAAGACAUAGGGAUGGAUUUAGUAGCAGUGUCUCUGGGAAUUUGGGAUUUGGUUUGGGGACAUCUGAUCAAAAGGGAUUGGACAUUGGUAGAGCUGACUGGAGUGAAAUGAGCAACAGACGAUCUGCUGGGGGUGAAUCAAUAGGUUUUGGAUUUGAUGCCCAUAGCCCAGUUGGAACCGGGUCUUUUGGUUGGGAACUUGGAAAAAGGAAGGGCGAUAAUGCAUUUGGUUUUGGAGCUUCUGGUUCGAGUUCAUUUGGUGGCAGUGGCAUUAAUAGCAAAAUAAAAAUUGAAGGAAAUCAAGUGGGUAGUUCUGGAGGACCCAUUUCCAAUGAUCUAGGUGGCAUCAGUGCAAGAAUUAGAGAUAGUCUUUUUGAUGGCAUAUCAGAAAAUUUGAGAUAUGGUUUUGAGAAGUUUGGUCAAAAGGGAUUUGGAAGCAGAGGAUCUCACUGGAGUAAGAGCAGCAGGGAAUCUGAUGUCAGUGGCUCAGUGGAAAAGUCCUCAUCCUCUGAUUUGAAACAUGGAGAAAGGAAACGUGAAGCUAAAUUUGAUUUUGGAGAUUCUGGUUCAAAUCGAUUUGAUGACAUUGGCCUUAGUGAAAAUGUAAUAAAAGGUGACUCAAAUGCCAGAAAUGGGGAUGAAUAUUCUAGUGGUAUCUCUGAAGACUCAGGAUUCAAUUUGGGGUCAUCUGAUCAGCAGGGAUUUGGAAUCAGUGGAAUUGGUAGGAAUGGAGAGAGUGGCAGUGGAAUAGUGGGGGCUGGAUACUUGAGUCCUGGAUCUGAUGUCAGUGGCACAGGAGAAAAUACUUGGUCUUCUGGUUCUGGAAGUGGUGGAGGAAGGAAGGGUGUCACAAGCCCAGCCGACCACAGUACCUCUGCACCACUCACUACACCAGAAAAAGGAUCCCAUAUUCCAGAAGCAACUCCGAAAUACUCAGAAACAAAUACAAUUAUUGGCGAAGCUUCUACUUGGGGCAAAGGAGCAUAUAAAGCUUUCAAUGGCCGCAUCUUUUCCUUUGACUCGUCAUGCGCAUACACCUUCUGCCGUCAUUGCGUGGAAUCCGGAGAAGAUUUCAAUAUUGAGAUCAAAAGAAACAAUAAUAGUGAUAUUGAAAAAAUAAUAGUUAAAAUUGACACUAAUGACGUCUCUAUUUUUGGUGAUAUCAUCCUAGUUAAUGAAGAAAGUGUACAGAUACCAUAUAACAAUAAAUUGAUACACAUUAAAAAAUAUGGAGAACAUAAUGUCCUGAAUAGCCGCAGAGGAAUCAUGUCUUUAAUGUGGGACAAAAAUAAACUCUCACUUACUCUUCACAAGAAAUAUCCAACUUGUGGUCUCUGUGGUAACUUCAACAGCACUCCAGGAGAUGAUAUCAAUGAACACAUUGCCAAUAGUAAAAUUCCUGGUGAUUGUCCCAAAGCUGUUAGUAAAAGCUAUGAUGUUUGUGAAGAUGGCAUGCAGCACUGUGACAAAAUUAUUGGAACUUACUUUGAGAAAUGUAGAAAGGUCACCACUUUAUCCAAUGACUACAGAAUGAUCUGCAUUGAUGAGUACUGCCAAAAUAGAGACAAAAAUUCUACGUGUGACACUUACACAGAAUUGUCCCGCCUCUGUGCCUCAGAUGGUCCCGGCCCCUACGUAUCCUGGCGAGAUGAUUCUGAUGUGGUUUGCGAAAAACCUAGAUGCCCAGAAAAACAUAUCUACAAAGAAUGUGGUCCCUCAAACCCUGCAACUUGUUCUAAUGUGGCUCCUUUUCAAGACAGUGAAUGUGUGAGUGGCUGCACCUGCCCAGAAGGUUACCUAUUGGAUGAUAUUGGAGAAAAAGGGAGAUGUGUAUUAAAGGCUAAAUGUCCCUGUGAAUCAAAUGGAAAGAUCUAUCAGUCAGGAGAAGUACGAGAUGGUCCUUGUGGUUCUCAGUGCACAUGCCAAGAAGCAAAGUGGUCUUGCACUGAAGCAUUAUGUCCUGGAAGAUGUAAGGUGGAAGGAAGUUCAAUCACCACCUUUGAUGGUGUUAAAUAUAACCAUCCUGGAAACUGUCAUUUCUUGGCCAUCCACGAUAAAGAUUGGUCUGUUAGCGUUGAACUUCGUCCCUGUCCAAAUGGUCAGUCAGGAACGUGCUUAAAUAGUGUUACACUCCUCUUGAAUUCGUCUGUUUCAGUUGACAAAUAUAUAUUCAAUAGAGAUGGAACAGUCACAAAUGAUAAGAUUAGAAAUCAAGGUUAUUAUUAUUCAGACCAAAUGCAGAUCUUCAAAGCAUCUUCCUCAUACCUUCAAGUAGAAACAAACUUUCAUGUAAAGAUGCAGAUACAGAUUGUUCCUGUGAUGCAAUUAUAUGUUUCCAUGCCACCCAACCAAUUCACAGACACUGUAGGACUCUGUGGUUCCUACAACAACAGAGCAGAGGAUGAUUUCAUGUCAAGUCAGAAUAUAUUGGAGAAAACGUCUCAGGCAUUUGCUGAUUCUUGGGAAAUGAUGCCCUGUCCUAAAGGAAACCCCACUUCGUGCAUCAGUAUAGAAAAAGAAAGAUAUGCUGAAAAGCACUGUGGAAUUCUUCUUGAUUCAAGUGGGCCUUUUGCUUCCUGCCAUCCAAUUGUGAAUCCUAAACUAUAUCAUGAGGAAUGCAAAAAAUACACUUGCACUUGUGACAACAGUGAAGAUUGUUUGUGCACGAUUUUAGGCAACUAUGUAAAAGCGUGUGCUGAGAAAGAAACAUACAUAGUGGAAUGGAGAACUGGAUUAUGUGAUCACUCUUGCCCAAGUGGCCUGGUUUUCAAGUACAAUGUAAAAGCCUGCAAUAGUUCUUGUCGAUCAUUGUCAGAGAGAGAUAGGAGCUGUGAUGUAGAAGAUGUUCCAGUUGAUGGGUGCACUUGCCCUGAUGGAAUGUACCAUAAUAAUGAAGAGAAUUGUGUUCCAAAAUCUCAGUGUGACUGCUACCUAAAUGACGAGGUCAUACAACCAGGCAAACUCAUCCAUAUUGAUGACAAUAAAUGUGUCUGUCGGGAUGGAAUUCUUCUUUGCCAGACUCCCAUUGAUUUAACCCUACAGAAUUGUUCCGGAGGGACUGAAUUUGUUGACUGCAGGGACCCGAAGGCACAGAGAAGAGUUGACAGUACCUGUAGCACUCGGAACAUACCUAGUUUUGAUGAGAACUUGCCUUGCAAACGUGGGUGCUAUUGUCCAAUUGGCAUGGUUCGAAAUUCUAAAGGAAACUGUGUCUUUCCUGAAGACUGCCCAUGUUCUUUUGGUGGACAGGAGUAUGACCAGGGAAGCGUUACCUCGGUUGGCUGCAACAAAUGUACUUGCAUAAAAGGGUCUUGGAGCUGUACACACAAUGAAUGUCAAACCACCUGCCAUAUCUAUGGGGAAGGUCAUGUUAGAACUUUUGAUGGAAAAAGUUACAGCUUUGAUGGUCUCUGCCAGUAUUCAUUUCUUGAGGAUUAUUGUGGUCGUGAAAAUGGCACAUUCCGUCUCUUAACUGAAAGCGUCCCAUGCUGUGAAAAUGGGCUUACGUGCUCCAGAAAAAUCAUAGUUGCUUUUCAGGAUCAGAAUGUUGUUCUGCAUGAUGGGAAAGUAACAGCAGCCAAAACUACAGAAAGCAAGGAAUGUGAAAUCAAUGGAAAUACAUAUUCUGUACAUACUGUUGGCCUGUACUUGAUUCUGAAAUUUUUAAAUGGAAUAACCAUAAUUUGGGACAAGAAUACAAGAGUUUCUGUUAUACUGGAUCCACACUGGAAUGGCAAAGUAUGUGGUCUUUGUGGAAAUAACAAUGGUGAUCUCAAGGAUGAUUUCACAACACGAUAUUCAUCAGUAGCUGCUGGAGCACUGGAAUUUGGAAAUAGCUGGAAAACCAGUCAAGAAUGUUCAGACACAGUAGCUCAAGCUUUCCCGUGUGACUCAAACCCGUACUGUAAGGCCUGGGCUGUGCGGAAAUGUGAGAUCAUCCGGGACAGCACCUUCAGAGACUGCCACAGCAAGGUGGACCCCAAUGCCUACUAUGAUGCAUGCAUUGAAGAAGCCUGUGCAUGUGACAUGGAGGGGAAGUACCUGGGAUUCUGCACAGCUGUGGCUAUGUACGCAGAGGCGUGCAGUGCGGUUGGAGUCUGUGUCAGGUGGAGAAAACCAGAGCUCUGCCCUGUCUACUGUGAUUAUUACAAUGCCCCUGGGGAAUGCAGUUGGCACUAUGAACCUUGUGGUACAGUGACUGCAAAAACUUGCAAAGAUCAAGUUAUUGGCCAGAAAUUUUCUGCACUUUUAGAAGGAUGUUAUGCUAAGUGCCCAGAUAGCGCUCCUUAUCUGGAUGAGAACACCAUGAAAUGCGUCAGUUUAUCUGAGUGCAGCUGCUUCUAUAAUGAUAUCAUACCAGCAGGUGGAGUGAUUCAGGAUAACUGUGGAAGAACAUGCUAUUGCAUCGCAGGAGAGUUGGAGUGCAGUGGGACAACUCUAACUCUUCUGAGUGAACCUUUUACUACAGGUGUUAUUGGAACUCCCGUUCCCGUGACCGUCAGUGCUGGCACUGCAGGCAUGACUGUAGUGUACCCCGCCCCCACCAGUCCUGGGCACAUGGCAGGAGGAACAACAGGCAGCCCUACUGCACCAGCAAGAGGAGGUGAAGACAGCACACCCAGGGAACCAAGCACAGGGGCCACAAGCCCAGGGAAACCAGGGACCCCAGAGGUUUCAGAGGGCUUCACAACAGCACCUGGGCGUGAGAACACAAAUGGAGACACAACUGCCCCAGGCUCAUCUGUGGGAGGCAGACCAGGAACAACUGAAGGGGAAAAUGCAGCCACCACUGGAACUGUUGGUGAAAACACUUCCCGAGCCUCAGGAACAACUGGACAUUAUGUUGAAGGAGGAGGAACAACUGGGCCAUCUGAGGGAAGAUCAGGGACAACUAGAAUAUCAGCUGAAGAAUCAGGGACAACUGUAUUGUCAUCUGUAGUGACAGGGAAAACAGGACCAUUACUGGGAGGAUCAGCAACAACAAGAUCAUCAGUUAAAGGAUCAGAGACAACUGAACCAUAUGUUGUAGUUUCAAGAACAUCUGUACCAUCAGAAGGAUUGACAGGAGCAACUGAACCAUCACUUGGGUUAACAACACCUGGACCAUCAGCUGAAGGAUCAGGGACAGCUACAUUAUUUGCUGGAGUAUCACGAACAACUGAAAGCUCUGUUCCAAAGUCAGGAAAUACUGGACCAUCCAUAGGAGGAUCACAGACAACUGGACGAUCAGGUGAAGAAGCACAGACAAGUGAACUAGCAGCUGGAGGAUCAGGGACUACAGGACCAUCCACUGAAGAAUCAGAAAAAACAGAAACACCUGUUCUGGGUUUAGGGACAACUCAAACAUCUGAAGGAUUAGGAACAACUACAUCUGUUUUAGGUUCAGGGACAACUGGAACAUCAUCUGGAGUGACAAGAACAACUAAAUCAUCAUCUGGAGAUUCAGAUACUACAGGACCAACAGCUGAAGUAUUAGGAACAACUAAAUCAGCAUCUGGUAUAUCAAGCACAACUGGACUAUUGUCUGGUGGGUCAGGGACAACUGGGCCAUCUGUUGUAGGAUCAGGAACAUCUGUACCAUCAGCAGGAUUGACAGGGACCUCUGGUCUAUCACCUUGGUUUGCAAUAACUGGACAAUCAUCUGUAGGAUCGAGGACAACUGAGUCAUUGGCUGGAAGAUCAGAAACCAGUGUGACCUCCAUUGUAAGUUCAGGCACUACCAGUCCAUCCACAGGAGGAUCACAGACAACUGGACUGUCAGCCAAAGAAGCAGGGACAACAGAACAAGCAGCUGGAAUAUCAGGGACCACAGGACCAUUCCAUGGACGAUCAGGGACAACAAGACAAUCUGUUCUAAGUUCAGGGAUGACCUUAGCAACUUCUAAAGAAAUAAGGACAACUAGACCUUCAUUGGUAAAGUCAGGUACAACUGCAGUAUUGACUCCAGGAUCAGCCACAAGUGGACUGUCAUCUGGAGUAUCUGAGUCCACUGAACCAUCAUCUGAAGCAUUAGGAACAACAAGAUCAUCAGCUGGUAUAUCAGAGACAACUGGACCAUCAACAGUUGGAUCUGGGAUGGCAACAGGACCAUUUUUUGUAGAAUCAGGAACAGCUGUAUCAUCAGUAGGAUUGACUGGGACAUCUGGCCUAUCACAUGGGUUAGGAAUAACUGGGCCAUCAACUAAAGGAGCAGGGACAACUGGAUCAUUUGCUGGAAAUUCAGGAACAACAGUAACCCCUGUUGUAAUUUCAGGGACUGCUGGUCCCUACACAGUAAAAUCACAGACAACUGGACAAUCUGCUGAAGAAGCUGGGACAACAGGACCAACAGCUGGAGGUUCAGGGACCACAGGACCAUUCCAUGGAGGAUCAGGAAAAACAGGACAAUCUGUUUUAGGUUCAGGGACAACCAGACCAUCUGUUGUAGGUCCAGGAACAACUAUACCUUCAAGUAGACUAUUUUUUGUAGGUUCAGGGACAACCAGAGCAUCAUCUGGAGUGAAAAGGACAAUGGGACCAUCAUCUGGAGAAUUAGGAACAACUAGAUCAUCAUCUGGUAUGUCAAGGACAAUUGGACCAUCAACUGGAAGGUCAGGGAUAACUGGACGUUCAGGAACAGAAUCAGGAACAUCAGUAACAUCAGUAGGAUUAACAGGGACAUCUGGAUCAUCAUUUGGGUUAGGAACAACUGUACCAUCAACGAAAGUAUCACAAACAACUACAGCACCUAUUGCAGGAUUAGUAAAAUCUACAUCAUCUACAAGAUUGACAGGGUCAACUGGAUCAUCGGUUGGAGGACCAGAGAUAACUGGAACAGCAGCUAGAGGAUCAGGGACCACAACACUGUCAGCUGGAGCAUCAGGAGAAACUGGAACAUUAGCUGAAGGAUCAGAAACAACAAAAACCUUUGUUAUAACAUUAGGGAUUACUGAAACACCUGUAAGAGGAUCACAGACAAUGGGAUGGUCAACUAAAGAUUCAGGAACAACUGGGCAAGAAGCUAGAGGAUCAGGGAUGACAGGGCAAUUCAUUGGAGGAUCAGGAAUAUCAGUGUCAUCUGUUUUUGUUUCAAGGACAAUUCACCCAUUAUCUGAAGAAUCAGGGACCACUAGACCAUCUGUUUUAGGUUCAGAGACAACCAGACCAUUACCUGGACACACAGAGACCAUGGGAUCAUCAUCUGGAGAUUCAGACACCACUGGACCAUCAGCUGACGUAUUGGGGACAACUAGAUCACCAGCUGGUAUAUCAGAAACAACUAGACUAUCAACGGGUAGAUCUGGGAUGACAGAAGGACCAUCUGUUGUAGGGUCAGAAACAUCUGUACCAUCAGUAGGUUGGACAAAGAUAUCUGGCCCAUCACCUGGGUUAGUAACAACUGGGCCAUCAGCUGAAGGAGCAGAAACAACUGGAUCAUUUGCUGGGAAUUCAGGAGGAACGGCAACUGCUAUUGUAAGUAGAGGAACUAGUGGUCCCUACAUAGGAGGAAUCCAUACAACUGUACUAUCACCUGAAGAGGCAAGGACUAUAGGACCAACAUCUGGGGGAUCAGGGACCACAGAACCAUUCCCUGGAGUAUCAGGAACAAUGGAACAAUCUGUUUUAGGUUCAGAGACAACUAGACCAUCAGUUGUAAGUUCAGGAACAAGUGGAAUAUCAUCUGGAGUGAUGGGUAUACCUGGACAAUCUACUAGAGUGACAGGGAAAAUUGGACCACCAGCUGGAGAAUUAGGAACAACUGGAUCAUCAGCUGGUAUAUCAAGCACAACUGGACUAUUGUCUGGUGGGUCAGGGACAACUGGACCAUCUGUUGUAGGAUCAGGAACAUCUGUACCAUCAGCAGGAUUGACAGGGACCUCUGGUCCAUCAUCUGGGUUUGCAACAACUGGACAGUCAUCUGUAGGAUCGAGGUCAACUGAGUCAUUGGCUGGAAGAUCAGAAACCACUGCAACCUCCAUUGUAAGUUCAGGCACUACCAGUCCAUCCACAGGAGGCUCACAGACAACUGGAUUGUCAGCCAAAGAAGCAAGAACAACAGAACAAGCAGCUGGAAUAUCAGGGACCACAGGACCAUUCCAUGGACGUUCAGGAACAACAGGACAAUCCGUUUUAAGUUCAUGGACGACUGGGCCAUCAUCUGAAGAAUUAAGGACAACUAGACCUUCAUUGAUUAAGUCCAGCACCACUGGAAUAUCAGCUGCAGGAUCAGCCACAACUGGACAGUCAUCUAGAGUAUCUGAGUCCACUGAAGUAUCCAGAAGAACUAGAUCAUCAACUCGUAUAUCAAGCACAACUGGACCAUUGUCUGGUGGGUCAGGGAUAACUGGACCAUCUGUUGUAGGACCAGGAACAUCUGUCCCAUCAGCAGGAUUGACAGGGACCUCUGGUCCAUCACCUGGGUUCGCAACAACUAGACAGUCAUCUGUAGGAUCGAGGACAACUGAGUCAUUGGCUGGAAGAUCAGAAACCACUGCAACCUCCAUUGUACGUUCAGGCACUACCAGUCCAGCCACAGGAGGAUCACAGACAACUGCACUGUCAGCCAAAGAGGCAGGGACAACAGAACAAGCAGCUGGGGGAUCAGGGACCACAGGACCAUUCCAUGGACAUUCAGGAACAACAGGACAAUCCGUUUUAAGUUCAUGGACGACUGGGCCAUCAUCUGAAGAAUUAAGGACAACUAGACCUUCAUUGGUAAAGUCCAGGACCACUGGAAUAUCAUCAACAGGAUCAACCACAACUGGACAGUCAUCUGGAGUAUCUGAGUCCCCUGAGCCAUCAUCUGAAGUAUCCAGAACAACUAGAUCAUCAACUCAUACAUCAAGCACAACUGGACUAUUGUCUGGUGGGUCAGGGACAACUGGACCAUCUGUUGUAGGAUCAGGAACAUCUGCCCCAUCAGCAGGAUUGACAGGCACCUCUGGUCAAUCACCUGGGUUUGCAACAACUGGACUGUCAUCUGUAGGAUCGAGGACAACUGAGUCAUUGUCUGGAAGACCAGUAACCAGUGCAACCUUCAUUGGAAGUUCAGGCACUACUAGUCUAUCCACAGGAGGAUCACAGACAACUGGAUUGUCAGCCAAAGAAACAGGAACAACAGAACAAGCAGCUGGAAGAUCAGGGACCACAGGACCAUUCCAUGGACGAUCAGGAACAACAAGAAAACCUGUUUUACAUUCAGGGUCAACCUUAUCAACUUCUAAAGAAAUAAGGACAACGAGACCUUUGUUGGUAAAGUCAGGCACAACUGGAGUAUUGGCCACAGGAUCAGCCACAACUGGACAGUCAUCUGGAGUAUCUGAGUCCACUGAGCCAUUAUCUGACGUAUUCAGAACAACUAGAUCAUCAACUCGAAAAUCAAGCACAACUGGAACAUUGCCUGGAGGUUCAGGGACAAUUGGACCAUCUGUUGUAGGACCAGGAACAUCUGCCCCAUCAGCAGGAUUGACAGAGUCCUCUGGUCCAUCACCUGGGUUUGCAACAACUGGACAGUCAUCUGUAGGAUCGAGGACAACUGAGUCAUUGGCUGAAGGACCAGAAACCACUGUGACCUCCAUUGUAAGUUCAGGCACUACCAGUCCAUCCACAGGAGGAUCACAGACAACUGCACUGUCAGCCAAAGAAGCAGGGACAACAGAACAAGCAGCUGGGGGAUCAGGGACCACAGGACCAUUUCAUGGACGAUCAGGAACAACAGGACAAUCUGUUUUAAGUUCAUGGGCGACUGGGCCAUCAUCUGAAGAAUUAAGGACAACUAGACCUUCAUUGGUAAAGUCCAGCACCACUGGAAUAUCAGCUGCAGGAUCAGCCACAACUGGACAGUCAUCUGGAGUAUCUGAGUCCCCUGAGCCAUCAUCUGAAGUAUUCAGAACAACUAGAUCAUCCACUCAAAAAUCAGGCACACCUGCCCUAUUUUCUGGUGGGUCAGGCACAACUGGACCAUCUGUUGUAGGACCAGGAACAUCUGUCCCAUCAGCAGGAUUGACAGGCACCUCUGGUCCAUCACCUGGGUUCGCAACAACUGGACAGUCAUCUGUAGGAUCGAGGACAACUGAGUCAUUGGCUGGAAGAUCAGAAACCACUGCGACCUCCAUUGUACGUUCAGGCACUACCAGUCCAUCCACAGGAGGAUCACAGACAACUGCACUGUCAGCCAAAGAAGCAGGGACAACAGAACAAGCAGCUGGAAUAUCAGGGACCACAGGACCAUUCCAUGGACGUUCAGGAACAACAGGACAAUCCGUUUUAAGUUCAUGGACGACUGGGCCAUCAUCUGAAGAAUUAAGGACAACUAGACCUUCAUUUGUAAAGUCCAGCACCACUGGAAUAUCAUCAACAGGAUCAACCACAACUGGACAGUCAUCUGGAGUAUCUGAGUCCCCUGAGCCAUCAUCUGAAGUAUCCAGAACAACUAGAUCAUCAAGUCAUACAUCAAGCACAACUGGACUAUUGUCUGGUGGGUCAGGGACAACUGGACCAUCUUUUGUAGGAUCAGGAACAUCUGCCCCAUCAGCAGGAUUGACAGGCACCUCUGGUCAAUCACCUGGGUUUGCAACAACUGGACAGUCAUCUGUAGGAUCGAGGACAACUGCGUCAUUGGCUGGAAGAUCAGAAACCACUGCAACCCCCAUUGUAACUUCAGGCACUACAAGUACAUCCACAGGAGGAUCACAGACAACUGGACUGUCAGCCAAAGAAACAGGAACAACAGAACAAGCAGCUGGAAGAUCAGGGACCACAGGACCAUUCCAUGGACGAUCAGGAACAACAAGAAAACCUGUUUUACAUUCAGGGUCAACCUUAUCAACUUCUAAAGAAAUAAGGACAACGAGACCUUUGUUGGUAAAGUCAGGCACAACUGGAGUAUUGGCCACAGGAUCAGCCACAACUGGACAGUCAUCUGGAGUAUCUGAGUCCACUGAGCCAUUAUCUGACGUAUUCAGAACAACUAGAUCAUCAACUCGAAAAUCAAGCACAACUGGAACAUUGCCUGGAGGUUCAGGGACAAUUGGACCAUCUGUUGUAGGACCAGGAACAUCUGCCCCAUCAGCAGGAUUGACAGAGUCCUCUGGUCCAUCACCUGGGUUUGCAACAACUGGACAGUCAUCUGUAGGAUCGAGGACAACUGAGUCAUUGGCUGAAGGACCAGAAACCACUGUGACCUCCAUUGUAAGUUCAGGCACUACCAGUCCAUCCACAGGAGGAUCACAGACAACUGCACUGUCAGCCAAAGAAGCAGGGACAACAGAACAAGCAGCUGGGGGAUCAGGGACCACAGGACCAUUUCAUGGACGAUCAGGAACAACAGGACAAUCUGUUUUAAGUUCAUGGGCGACUGGGCCAUCAUCUGAAGAAUUAAGGACAACUAGACCUUCAUUGGUAAAGUCCAGCACCACUGGAAUAUCAGCUGCAGGAUCAGCCACAACUGGACAGUCAUUUGAAGUAUCUGAGUCCCCUGAGCCAUCAUCUGAAGUAUUCAGAACAACUAGAUCAUCCACUCAAAAAUCAGGCACACCUGCCCUAUUUUCUGGUGGGUCAGGCACAACUGGACCAUCUGUUGUAGGACCAGGAACAUCUGUCCCAUCAGCAGGAUUGACAGGCACCUCUGGUCCAUCACCUGGGUUCGCAACAACUGGACAGUCAUCUGUAGGAUCGAGGACAACUGAGUCAUUGGCUGGAAGAUCAGAAACCACUGCGACCUCCAUUGUACGUUCAGGCACUACCAGUCCAUCCACAGGAGGAUCACAGACAACUGCACUGUCAGCCAAAGAAGCAGGGACAACAGAACAAGCAGCUGGAAUAUCAGGGACCACAGGACCAUUCCAUGGACGUUCAGGAACAACAGGACAAUCCGUUUUAAUAUCUGAGUCCCCUGAGCCAUCAUCUGAAGUAUCCAGAACAACUAGAUCAUCAAGUCAUACAUCAAGCACAACUGGACUAUUGUCUGGUGGGUCAGGGACAACUGGACCAUCUUUUGUAGGAUCAGGAACAUCUGCCCCAUCAGCAGGAUUGACAGGCACUACAAGUACAUCCACAGGAGGAUCACAGACAACUGGACUGUCAGCCAAAGAAACAGGAACAACAGAACAAGCAGCUGGAAGAUCAGGGACCACAGGACCAUUCCAUGGACGAUCAGGAACAACAAGAAAACCUGUUUUACAUUCAGGGUCAACCUUAUCAACUUCUAAAGAAAUAAGGACAACGAGACCUUUGUUGGUAAAGUCAGGCACAACUGGAGUAUUGGCCACAGGAUCAGCCACAACUGGACAGUCAUCUGGAGUAUCUGAGUCCACUGAGCCAUUAUCUGACGUAUUCAGAACAACUAGAUCAUCAACUCGAAAAUCAAGCACAACUGGAACAUUGCCUGGAGGUUCAGGGACAAUUGGACCAUCUGUUGUAGGACCAGGAACAUCUGCCCCAUCAGCAGGAUUGACAGGCACCUCUGGUCCAUCACCUGGGUUUGCAACAACUGGACAGUCAUCUGUAGGAUCGAGGACAACUGAGUCAUUGGCUGAAGGACCAGAAACCACUGUGACCUCCAUUGUAAGUUCAGGCACUACCAGUCCAUCCACAGGAGGAUCACAGACAACUGCACUGUCAGCCAAAGAAGCAGGGACAACAGAACAAGCAGCUGGGGGAUCAGGGACCACAGGACCAUUUCAUGGACGAUCAGGAACAACAGGACAAUCUGUUUUAAGUUCAUGGGCGACUGGGCCAUCAUCUGAAGAAUUAAGGACAACUAGACCUUCAUUGGUAAAGUCCAGCACCACUGGAAUAUCAGCUGCAGGAUCAGCCACAACUGGACAGUCAUUUGAAGUAUCUGAGUCCCCUGAGCCAUCAUCUGAAGUAUUCAGAACAACUAGAUCAUCCACUCAAAAAUCAAGCACAACUGGAACAUUGCCUGGAGGUUCAGGGACAAUUGGACCAUCUGUUGUAGGACCAGGAACAUCUGUCCCAUCAGCAGGAUUGACAGAGUCCUCUGGUCCAUCACCUGGGUUUGCAACAACUGGACAGUCAUCUGUAGGAUCGAGGACAACUGAGUCAUUGGCUGAAGGACCAGAAACCACUGUGACCUCCAUUGUAAGUUCAGGCACUACCAGUCCAUCCACAGGAGGAUCACAGACAACUGCACUGUCAGCCAAAGAAGCAGGGACAACAGAACAAGCAGCUGGGGGAUCAGGGACCACAGGACCAUUUCAUGGACGAUCAGGAACAACAGGACAAUCUGUUUUAAGUUCAUGGACGACUGGGCCAUCAUCUGAAGAAUUAAGGACAACUAGACCUUCAUUGGUAAAGUCCAGCACCACUGGAAUAUCAGCUGCAGGAUCAGCCACAACUGGACAGUCAUCUGGAGUAUCUGAGUCCCCUGAGCCAUCAUCUGAAGUAUUCAGAACAACUAGAUCAUCCACUCAAAAAUCAGGCACACCUGCCCUAUUUUCUGGUGGGUCAGGCACAACUGGACCAUCUGUUGUAGGACCAGGAACAUCUGUCCCAUCAGCAGGAUUGACAGGCACCUCUGGUCCAUCACCUGGGUUUGCAACAACUAGACAGUCAUCUGUAGGAUCGAGGACAACUGAGUCAUUGGCUGGAAGAUCAGAAACCACUGCAACCCCCAUUGUAACGUUAGGCACUACAAGUCCAUCCACAGGAGGAUCACAGACAACUGGACUGUCAGCCAAAGAAGCAGGGACAACAGAACAAGCAGCUGGAAGAUCAGUGACCACAGGACCAUUCCAUGGACGAUCAGGAACAACAGGACAAUCUGUUUUAAGUUCCUGGACGACUGGGCCAUCAUCUGAAGAAAUAAGGACAACCAGAUCUUCAUUGGUAAAGUCCAGCACCACUGGAAUAUCAGCUACAGGAUCAGCCACAACUGGACAGUCAUCUGGAGUAUCUGAGUCCCCUGAGCCAUCAUCUGAAGUAUUCAGAACAACUAGAUCAUCAACUGGUAUAUCAAGUUCAACUGGACUGUAUUCUGGAGGUUCAGGGACAGCUGGACCAUCUGUUGUAGGACCAGGAACAUCUGUCCCAUCAGCAGGAUUGACAGGGACCUCUGGUCAAUCACCUGGGUUUGCAACAACUGGACAAUCAUCUGUAGGAUCGAGGACAACUGAGUCAUUGUCUGGAAGACCAGUAACCAGUGCAACCUUCAUUGGAAGUUCAGGCACUACUAGUCUAUCCACAGGAGGAUCACAGACAACUGGACUGUCAGCCAAAGAAGCAGGGACAACAGAACAAGCAGCUGAGGUAGCAGGAACCACAGGACCAUUCCAUGGACGAACUGGAGCAACAAGACAACCUGUUUUAGUUUCAGGGACGACCUUACCAACUUCUAAAGAUAUAAGGACAACGAGACCUUCAUUGGUAAAGUCAGGCACAACUGGAGUAUUGGCUUCAAGAUCAGCCACAACUGCACUGUCAUCUGGAGUAUCUGAGUCUACUCAACCAUCAUCUGAAGCAUUCAGAACAACUAGAUCAUCAACUCGUAUAUCAAGCACAACUGGAACAUUGCCUGGAGGUUCAGGGACAAUUGGACCAUCUGUUGUAGGACCAGGAACAUCUGUCCCAUCAGGAGGAUUGACAGGGACCUCUGGUCCAUCACCUGGGUUUGCAACAACUGGACUGUCAUCUGUAGGAUUGAGGACAACUGAGUCAUUGGCUGGAAGACCAGAAACCACUGCAACCUCCAUUGUACGUUCAGGCACUACCAGUCCAUCCACAGGAGGAUCACAGACAACUGCACUGUCAGCCAAAGAAGCAGGGACAACAGAAGAAGCAGCUGGGGGAUCAGGGACCACAGGACCAUUCCAUGGACGUUCAGGAACAACAGGACAAUCCGUUUUAAGUUCAUGGAUGACUGGGCCAUCAUCUGAAGAAAUAAGGACAACUAGACCUUCAUUGGUAAAGUCCAGCACCACUGGAAUAUCAGCUACAGGAUCAGCCACGAUUGGACAGUCACUUGGUGUAUCUGAGUCCACUGAGCCAUCAUCUGAAGUAUUCAGAACAACUAGAUCAUCAACUCGUAUAUCAAGUACAGCUGGCUUAUUAUCUGGUGGGUCAGGGAAAACUGGACCAUCUGUUGUAGGAUCAGGAACAUCUGCCCCAUCAGCAGGAUUGACAGGCACCUCUGGUCCAUCACCUGGGUUUGCAACAACUGGACAGUCAUCUGUAGGAUCGAGGACAACUGCGUCAUUGGCUGGAAGAUCAGAAACCACUGUGACCUCCAUUGUAAGUUCAGACACUACCAGUCCAUCCACAGGAGCAUCACAGACAACUGGACUGUCAGCCAAAGAAGCAGGGACAACAGAACAAGCAGCUGGAAGAUCAGGGACCACAGGACCAUUCCAUGGACGAUCAGGAACAACAAGACAACCUGUUUUAGGUUCAGGGACAACCUUACCAACUUCUAAAGAAAUAAGGACUACGAGACCUUCAUUGGUAAAGUCCAGCACAACUGGAGUACUGGCUACAGGAUCAGCUACAACUGCACUGUCAUCUGGAGUAUCUGAGUCCACUGAACGAUCAUCUGAAGUAAUUGGUAAAACUAGAUCAUCAACUCAUAUAUCAAGUACAACUGGUCUAUUUUCUGGAGGUUCAGGGACAACUGGAAUGUCUGUUGUUGGAUCAGGAACAUCUGUACCAUCAACAGGAUUGACAGGGACCUAUGGUCCAUCACCUGCAUUCGCAAAAACUGGACAAUCAUCUGUAGUAUCGAGGACAACUGAGUCAUUGGCUGGAAUAUCAGAAACAACUGAAACCUCUGUUUUUAGUGCAGGGAUUACUGGUCUGUCCACAAGAGGAUCUCAUACAACUGGACUACCUGCUGAGGAAACUGGGAUAACAGGACAAGCUGGUGGAGCUUCAGGGACCACAGGACUGCUCCAUGGAUUAUCAGGAACAACAGUACAUUCUGUUUUAGGUUCAGAAACAACAAGAAAAUCUGUUGUCAGUUCAGGAACAACUGUACCAUCAUCUGGAGUGACAGGAAUAACUGGACCAUCAACUAUGGAAUUGGGAACAAGUAUAUCAUUAGCCGGUAUAUCGGAGAACACUGGGGCAUUAAUGAGUGGAUCUGGGGUGACAACAAGACCAUCUUUUGUAGGAUCAGCCAUAUCUGUACCAUCAGUAGGAUUGACAGGGACCUCUGGUCCAUCACCUGGAUUAGCAACAACUGGAUCAUCAGCUGAAGGAUCAGGGAUAACUGGAGUAUAUUCUGGAAUAUCAGAAACAACUUCCACCUCUGUUGUAAGUUCAGUGACUAUUGGUCCAUUUACAGGAGGAUCACAGACAACUGGACUGUCAGCCAAAGAAGGAGGGACAACAGAACAAGCAGCUGGAGAAUCAGGGACCACAGGACCAUUCCAUGGUCGAUCAGGAACAACAAAACAAUCUACUUUAGGUUCAGGGAUGACCUUACCAUCUUUUAAAGAAAUAAGGACAACUAGAUCUUCGUUGGUAAAGACAGGCACAACUGGAGUAUCAGCUACUGGAUCAGCCACAACUGGACUGUCAUCUGGAGUAUCUGAUUCCACUGGACCAUCAUCUGAAGUAUUAGGAACAAUCAGAUCAUCAGCUGGUAUAUCAGAGACAACUGGACCAUCAACAAGUGGAUCUAGAAUGACAAGAGGACCAUUUUUUGUAGAAUCAGGAACAUCUGUACCAUCAAUAGGAUUGACAGGGAUGUCUGGUCCAGAGCCAACUGGAUCAUUCACUGGAAGAUCAGAAACAACAGCAACCUCUACUGUAAAUUCAGGUACUAGUGGUCUCUACAAUGGAGGAAUCCAGACAACUGGGCUGUCAGCUAAAGAAGCAAGGACAACAGGACCAUUUCGAGGAGGGUCAGGAACAAUUGGAAGAUUUUUUGUAGGUUCAGGGACAACUGUGCCAUCAUCUAGAGUGGAAAGCAUAACUGGACCAUUAUCUGGAAUGACAGGAAUAACUGGACCAUCAGCUGAGGAAUUAGUAACAACUAGUUCAUCAGCUGGUAUAUCAGAAACAACUGGAUUAUCAAUGGGUGGAUCUGGGAUGACAGCAGGACCAUCUGUUGUAGAGUCAGGAGCAUCUGUAUCAUCAGUAGGAUUGGUAGGGACAUCUAGCCCGUCACAUGGGUUAGGAACAACUGGGCCAUCAGCUGAAGGAGCAGGGACAACUGGAUCAUUUUCUGGAAGAUCAGAAACAACAUCAAUCUCUAUUAUAAGUUCAGGUACUAGUGGUCCCUACAUAGGAGGAAUCCAGACAACUGGAAAAUCUGUUGAAGAAGCUGGGACAACAGGACCAAUAGCUGGAGGUUCAGGGACCACAGGACAAUUCCAUGAAGGAUCAGAAACAACAGGACAAUCUGUUUUGGUUUCAGGGACAACUAGACUGCCUGUUGUAGGUUCAGGGACAACUGGGGCAUCAUCUGGAGUGACAGGUAUAACUGGACCAUCAUCUGAAGUGAAAGGGACAAUUGGACCAUCAGCUGGAGAAUUAGGAACAACUAGAUCAUCACCUGGUAUAUCUAGGACAACUGGACUAUCAUCUGGUGGGUUAGAGACAACUGGACUAUCUGCUGUAGGAUUAGGAACAUCUCUCCCGUCAAGAUUGACAGGGACACCUGGACCAUCAGCUGGUUUAGCAACAACUGGACCAUCAGCUAAAGGAUCAGGGACAACUGAAUCAUUUUCUGGAAGAUCAGAAACAACUGAAAUCUUUGUUGUAAGUUCAGCAACUAUGAGUACAUCCAUAGGAGGAACACAGACAACUGGACAAUCUGCUGAGGAAGCAGGGGCAACAGGUCUAGAAUCUGGAGGGUCAGGGACUACAGGACUAUUCCAUGGAGUAUCAGAAACUACAAGACAAUCUAUUUUAGGUUCAGGGAUGACUUUACCAUCUUCUGAAAAAUUAAGGUCAACUAGACCUUCAUUGGUAAAGUCGGGCUCUACUGGAGUAUCUGCUACAGGAUCAGUCACAAGUGGACUGUCAUCCUGGGAAUCUGGGUCCACUGGAUCAUCAACUGAAGUAUUCAGAACAACUAGAUCUUCUGUUGGAAUAUCAAGGACAAGUCAACCAUCUACUGGAGGAUCAGGGACAACUGCACCAUCUGUUGUAGGAUUAGGAAUACCUUCAUCAGCACCAGGAUUGACAGAAUCAACUGGACCACCAGUUUUAGUAUCAGGGACAACUGAAACAGCAGCUAGAGGAUCAGGGACCACAGGACUAUCAGCUAGCAGAUCAAGGACAACUGUAUCAUUAGCUGGAGUAUCAGAAACAACCAAAACCUCUGUUGCAAUGUUAGAGACUACUGCAACAUCUAUAGUAGGAUCAUGGACAACUGAACAAUCAACUGAAGAAUCAAAGACAACUGUACAAUCAGCCCUAGGAUCAGAGACCUCAAGACCAUCUACUGGAUUGUCAGGAAUGACAGGAUCAUCAAGUUUUGGUUCAGGGACAACCCUGCCAUCAUCUGAAGAAUCAAGGGAAACUAGACCAUCCGUUAUAGGUUCAGGCACAACUGAACCAUCACAUGGAGUGAUUGGGACAAGUGGAUCAUCAUCUGGAGAUAUAUCCAUCACUGGACCACCAUCUGAACUAUUAGGAACAACUAUAUUAUCAGUAGGUAUAUCAAAGACAACUGGACAAUCAAUGGGUGGAUUUGGGACAACUGGACCAUCUGUUGUAGAAUCAGGAACAUCUUUGCCAUCAGCAGGAUUUACAGGGACAUCUGGAACAUUACAUGAGUUAGGAACAAGUGGACCUUCAGCUGAAGGAUCAAGGACAACUGGAAUAUUUUCUAGAUUAUCAGAAACAACUGAAACCUCUGUUGUAAGGUCUGAGACUACUGGACCAUCCAUAGGAGAAUCACAGACAACUGGACAAUUAAUUGAAGAAGCAGGAACAACUGUACAAGGAUUUGGGGCAGCAGAGACCACUCAGCCAUCUGUUGGAGGAUCAGGAACAACAGGACCAUCUAUUUUAGGUUCAGGGACAACUCCACAAUCAUCUGAAGGAUUAGGGACAACUGUACCACCAGCUAUAGAACCAGGAACAAUGGGGCCAUCGACCAAAGGAUCAGCCAAAACUGGAUCAUCAGGAUUACAGACCACUGAAUCAAUUGAAAUAUUAGGAUCAGCUAUAUCAUCAGUCAGUGAUUCAAGGACAAUUAGACCAUCAACUAAAGGAUCAGGGACAACUGUAAGAUUACCUGAAAGAGCAGAGACAAUUGGACCACCUGUUGUAAAUUCAGGGAUAACUGGACCAUCUGUAGCAUCACAGAGGACUGGACCAUCAGCUGAAGGUUCAGUGACCACAGGAUCAUCAUCUGGAGGAUCAGGUACAACUGCCCCAUCUGUUGUAGGUUCAGAGACAACUGGACCAUCAGCUGGAGCACCAGGGACAACUGGAAUAUCAUCUAGAGGAGCAGGAGCAACUGGACUACUUGUUUUAGUUUCAGAUACAGCUAUCCCAGCAUCUGAAAGAUCCAGGACAACUGCAUCACCAGCUGGAGGAUCAGUGACAGCUGGACCAUCAAAUGGAGAAUCAAGGACAACUAGAUCAGCUAUUUUAGGUUUAGGGACAACUCAACCAUCAUCUGGAGCAUCAGGAACAACUGGACCAUCACAUGAAGUUUCAGGGACAACUGGACCAUCACCAGAAGGAUCAGGGACAAGUGGAUCAUCAACUGGGAUAACCACUGGGAUGUUAAGGAAUGAGGUUACCACAUCUGAAGGUACAACUGAAGAACCAUAUGGAGAAACCGAAUCAGGUGAAAGCAUAACCAGUUUAACCACACCUGGAAAAUCAGGUUUCACAGAAGCUGCCCCUGGCUCAACAAUUGCACCAGAAAGUUCCACUACUGGCUCAGAUAAGAGAAUUCCACCAGUAUUAAUUGUAGAGGUCACAACUUCCACAGAAAGUGUUGGCACCAGUGGAGGUGGAUUAAGAACAGGCACCACUAGGGUAGCCCCUGGCAUAACUGUUGUCCCUGGAAAUUCUAACACAGAGGCCACAACUUUCCUAGGAGAAAAUGAAACAACCAGAGUUGGAAUAGCCACAGGUACUACUGGCAUAGUCCGUGAGAAAACUGUGGAACCUGGAAAUUACAGCACAGGUACCACCAUGAUUUCACCUGGAGCUAGUAGAAGUUCACAGAGUUCCAAGCCAGGUUUUACAGAGGAAUUCUCUGGGAUAACUAUUAUAUCUGGAAGUUCCCACACAGGCACCACUGCAGUACCGGGAGGCCAAACAACUGGGAGUGUGACAGGCACCACUGGGGUAGCCCCUGGUACAACUGUUGCCCCUGGCAGUUCUAUUACAGAAGCCACAACUUCUGUGGGAGAAAGUGGAACAAGAAUGAGGAUCAUCACAGGCACCUCUGGCACAACAGGUGGAUAUGUUCCUGGAAGUGAGGCAGGUACCACUGGAGAAUUGUCUGGAACAACCAUUACAUCUGGAAGUUCUAACACAGAGGCCACAACUUCCACAGAAAUGACUGGAACUGGAGCCCAAACAGGUACCAGUGGAGUAGUCUCUGGCACAACUAUUAAAUCUGGAAGAUCCAGUGUUGGUACCAUUGGUGUGGCCUCGAGUACAACUGUUGUACCUGGACGUUCCCAUACUGAAGCUACAACACCCCCUGGAGGCAGUGGAAGCACAGGAGUUGAAAUUAAUACAGGGGGAUCCAGUAGCCAAGUCCCUGGCAUUCAAACAGGUACUACUGGAGUGACCCCAGAAAGUACCAUCUCACCCAGAAUUUCCAACACAGGAGCUACCACUGGUGCAUCUGAGACACCAAGCCCUGGAAGUAAAACAGGCACUACAGGUGUAAUCACUGGCACAACAGCAUCUGGAAGUUCCAACACAGUUACCACUGGGAUAACCACAGUUACAACCAUCGCACUUGGGAGUUCCAACACAAAGGCUACAACUUCUACAGAAUUUGAAGCUACCACUGUAUUUGGAAUGGCCACUAGGGCUACAACUCUGGGACUAAGCCGUGACACCACUGUGCAUGUAAUUCAAACAGCUUCAGGAGUCACCAAGCUAAUUCCAGGGAGCCAGUCUACUGGAAGAAAAAUAGAAACCACAACUUUUAAAGAAGGUGUUGGAACUAUGGAAGCAAGAAUUUCAUCAGGUACCACUGGGGUAGCCUCUGGCACAACAGUUAUUCCUGGAAGCUCCAAUACAGGUACUAGUGUGGCAUCAAGUAGAAUUACUGGUGUCCCAGAAAGUCCCACCCAAGGUACCUCCAGGGAAGCAUUUGAAACGACCACUGCUCCUGGAAAUUCUACCACAGGCUCCACCUCCAUGUCAACUAAAAUCACAAGACCCAAAGUAUCCUACCCAGAAACCACUCUAGUCACAACAAGAGACCAAGAAACUGAAAAUAAAACAGGAUGUCCAGCAUCACUUCCACCACCUCCAGUUUGUCAUGGUCCGCUGGGAGAAGAGAAAUCUCCUGGAGAUAUAUGGACUGCCAAUUGCCACAAAUGCACCUGUACUGAUGCAAAGGCUGUAGACUGUAAACCCAAGGAGUGCCCUUCUGCACCCACAUGCAAAACUGGAGAGAGGCUUGUAAAGUUCAAAGCUGAUGAUUCCUGCUGUGAAAUUGGAUACUGUGAACCAAGAACGUGCUUAUUUAACAAUACUGAGUAUAAGAUUGGUGCUUCAUUUGAUGACCCCAGCAAUCCAUGCAUCUCCUACUCCUGCCAUAGCACUGGUUUCAUCGCAGUGGUCCAGGACUGCCCAAAGCAGACCUGGUGUGCAGAAGAAGACAGAGUCUAUGAUUCAAACAAAUGUUGCUAUACAUGUAAUACUAAUUGUAGAUCUUCACUUGUGAAUGUGACUGUUAAGUACCGUGGUUGCCAGAAAAAACUUGAGAUGGCAAGAUGUGUAGGGGAAUGUAAGAACACUGUCAGGUACAAUUAUCAUAUCUUUCAGCUGGCAAAUUCAUGUCUUUGCUGCCAAGAAGAUAAGUACGAAUUCCGGGAAAUUUUUCUUGACUGUCCUAAUGGCAGUACAAUACCUUACAGAUAUAGGCACAUCACGGCAUGUUCUUGCUUAGAUAUGUGCAAACAGUCUACACUCCCAACAGUCAGUUAACACCAGUAUCACCUUUCCACGUAUAACAGGCCAGGUAUUUAUUUUAUAAAUGCACAAAAAUCACUAAAAUAGAAUAACUAAACAUUUGUAUUUCACUCAAAGUGUGAAUUCUCAUUCUGAGGCAUUUUGUUCUCUUGUUGACUGGAUGUGAAAAAUAAAUACAAGUUUUCAAGCAA